AUGAAAUUAAUUAUUAUCGGACUUAUAGCUGUCAGUCUCGUUAAAUGCAGUCCUGUCUUUAAAAGAGAAACUGAUGAUCUAAGUCCUUUAAAUGAGGUGUAUGUGUUUCAGAACGAAAACGAGCAGACGCUGGACGAGGAGCCGCAUGGAGACAGAGAAAAGAGAAAAAUAGGUGUUAUUAAAUUGGGAGUUUCCAAUGGUAUCAUCAACUUUGUAUUUGGUGUAAGAAACAAAGCAAAAAACGCCAUAUACGGAAUAGACCCGAAACAAUCAGCGACAAAAGAAUUUAUAAGCGACAUUGUUGGUAAAAAAAUCCAAGCUGGCACUGCUGGUAUUGGUCCGCUGAUAAACAGUGCCACCACAUUUAUUUCCACUAAAUCUCAGGGCCUAAUAGGCGCAGUGACCUCUAAACUAGCGCCACUGAGUUCACUUUCCGGCGGAUUGUCAGGUGGUUCUGGAGGAGACGGCGGCGGAUCCGGAGGUGGUCUGGGUAGUAUCUUGAGCUUGGUAACCAGCCUUAGCGGAAGCAGCAGCAGCGGUCUCGGAGGACUAGGAGGACUGAGUGGCGGCGGUUCCCACGAUGAAAAGGAAAGUUCCGAAGGUUCAAGUUCAGGAACGGGAAUUUCAAUCGGCGAUUUCCCGAGCAUUGGUGGUGGGGUCUCGGCGACCACUGAUGACACCCCAAUAUUUGAUAGGAACAAAGUGUCACUGGAGGUCCCUUCAAAAGCUUUUGGAGCCGGAUUUACCUUGGUGACAAGUAUCAGUAAACUGAUCGGCAACUUUAUCCUUAACUCUGCUCAUAGGACAGAAAAUGUCCUGGAGGUGUUCAAGCCGCUCUUCCGCGGUGCCUUCGCAAUCAAGGGUCUGCCAUCCGACAAAGAAUCCUACAAAAAAAGCCAAUCGCUCAACGAAAUAAAAUAA